AUGUCAAUUAACAACUCUACAAUCUCAAGACUUGGCAACUCCGGCCUUCAAAUCAACCAUGCCGUGGUUGGAACAAUGCUUAUUGGUACCAACAAUAAUGGUAUUUUUGCCAAUGGUGUUGAUGGAGACGAAGAUUCGAUGGCACUUUUGAAGAAAUGUUACGACAGAGGUCUUCGUACCUUUGAUACUGCCGAUGUUUACAGUUCUGGACACAGUGAGGAGGUUAUCGGAAAGUUUUUGAAAAAGUAUGACAUUCCUAGAGAUACUGUGGUGAUUCUCACCAAGUGUUAUUUUGCAGUUGACACCUAUGACAAAAACCGUCAAGAAGGACUUCAUUUGAACAAUCUGGGUCUCUCAAGAAAACACAUUCUUGAUGCUGUUGACGAUUCUGUGCGUCGUUUGGGAACUCACAUUGACUUGCUUCAAAUUCACCGUUACGAUCCCAAUGUUCCCGAUGAAGAAGUUAUGAGGGCAUUGAACGAUGUUGUCGAAAGCGGGAAAGUCAGGUACCUCGGUGCUUCCUCGAUGAAAACUUAUCAAUUUAUUGGUUUGCAACACACUGCAGAAUUGAAUGGUUGGCACAAGUUUGUUUCCAUGCAAAGCAUGUACAAUUUGAUCUACCGUGAAGAUGAGAGGGAACUCAAUGCCUACUGUAACCAUGCUGGAAUUGGUCUUCUUCCAUGGUCGCCCAACGCCAGAGGUUUACUUGCACUUCCUUGGACCUCUGCUAAGAUCCAAGAGAAGCUUGCUAACCCAGAGGUCUACGGACUCAAUUAUAUGGGUUUGGACGUUGAACAUGACAAACCGAUUAUUGACAGGGUAGAGGAGCUUAGUAAAAAGUACAAGUGUACCAUGGCAGAAAUCGCAGGUGCUUGGCUUGUUGCAAAGGGCACUCAUCCUAUCAUUGGUGUUACACUGGAACAAGCCAUUGAUGCAAUGGUGGCCAUGGCUCACACCAAUCUCUCUAAGGAGGACGUUGAGUACCUUGAAGAGCCAUACAAGGCCAAAAUGCUCGUAUUUACAAGUUCAUAG